UCACUUUUUGAUUACGUUCCAGGAAACAGCUAACGUGAUCACGCAUGAAAACAAAUGCACAAAGUUUAACAAUAAAACAUUGAUAUUUAAUAUCUUUCGGACUCAACGUAAACAUGGGGCGCGAGUCAAGGCAUUACAGGAAACGGUCGGCAUCGAGGGGACGGUCCGGGAGUCGAUCAAAGAGCCGUUCGCCAGACAAACGCUCCAAGAAGGAUGAUGGGGCUGCCUCACGAAACCGAGACAGGGACCGCAACAGGCGGGGAGAGAGGUCACGCAGCCGUGACCGACGCCGAUCAAGGUCCAGAGACAGGAAGCGCCCCAGACGCUCUAGGAGUCGGGAGAAGAGGCGCUCCAGGAGCCGUGACAGGAAUAGAAGGUCUCGAAGCCGAGGACGCAGAUCUCAAUCCGCAAGCCCCAGCAAAAGCAGGAAAACUGAAGAGACUCUGUCUAAAAGCAAGGAAAAAGACAACCCUGAAGCCUCUGCAGAGAAGAAGAAAAUCAAAGAAGAGCAAGAGGAGGUUGUUGAGGAUCAAGACUUUGAUCAGAACAAGCUGGAGGAAGAGAUGAGGAAGAGGAAGGAGCGAGUGGAGAAGUGGAGGGAGGACCAAAGGAAGAAGGCCCUAGGAAACAUCGAGGAGAUCAAGAGGGAGAUUGAGGAGAUGAAGCAGGGAAAGAAGUGGAGUCUGGAGGAUGACGACGAUGACGACGAGGAAGGGACAGCUCCCGAGGAAGAGCCUGAAGAAGGCGAGGAGGGUAAGGGGCCGGAGGAGAAGGAGGAAAAGAAAGAGGAGGAGGAGGAGGAAGAGGAGGAGGAAGUUACUCCCAUGGAGCAGGAAGCAGAGGAUGAGCUGGAUACCUUAGACGCCUACAUGGAGGAGGUCAAGGAGGAAGUCAAGAAGUUCAACAUGGGCCCCCAGUCUAAAGGGAACGACAAAAAGGGAGGAGUAAACGUAUCCAAAGUUGUCACCGUAUGCAAAACUAAGAGGGGUCCAAAUGUCCACAAAAAGAAGGGUGAGCUGAUGGAGAAUGACCAGGAUGCAAUGGAGUACUCAUCAGAGGAAGAGGAAGUGGAUCUGGCGACAGCCCUGACUGGCUACCAGACCAAACAGAGGAAGGUGCUGGAGCCAGUGGAUCACCAGAAGAUUGAGUACGAACCAUACCGCAAGGACUUCUAUGUAGAGGUGCCAGAGCUGGCCAAGAUGUCUCCAGAGGAGGUGAAUGUCCACAGGCUGGACCUGGAGGGUAUCGCAGUCAAAGGAAAGGGUUGUCCCAAGCCCAUCAAGUCAUGGGUUCAGUGUGGCACGUCUAUGAAGAUCCUGAGUGCACUGAAGAGACACAGCUAUGAGAAGCCCACCCCCAUCCAGGCUCAGGCCAUUCCAGCCAUCAUGUCUGGGAGAGAUCUCAUUGGCAUCGCUAAGACCGGCAGUGGAAAGACCAUCGCCUUCCUCCUUCCCAUGUACCGUCACAUCAUGGACCAGAGGCCCCUGGAGGAGGCUGAGGGACCCAUCGCUGUGAUCAUGACUCCCACUAGAGAGCUGGCUCUGCAGAUCACCAAGGAGUGCAAGAAGUUCUCCAAGCCUCUGAACCUGAGGGUGGUGUGUGUAUAUGGAGGCACUGGGAUUAGUGAACAGAUUGCUGAGCUGAAGAGGGGAGCAGAGAUCAUUGUGUGCACACCGGGGCGAAUGAUUGACAUGUUAGGUGCCAACAGUGGUCGAGUCACAAACCUGCGGCGAGCCACGUACGUGGUCGUGGACGAGGCGGAUAGAAUGUUCGACAUGGGCUUUGAGCCACAGGUGAUGCGUAUCAUGGACAACGUGCGUCCAGACCGUCAGACGGUCAUGUUCUCAGCUACGUUCCCGCGGGCCAUGGAGGCACUGGCCAGGAGGAUACUGUCCAAGCCCAUCGAGGUUCAGGUGGGAGGCAGGAGCGUGGUGUGCUCUGAUGUGGAGCAACAUGUGCUGGUAAUUGAGGAGGACCAGAAGUUCCUGAAGCUGCUAGAGAUCCUUGGCCAUUACCAGGAGAAGGGCUCGGUCAUCAUCUUUGUGGACAAACAGGAGCAUGCUGACGGGCUGCUCAAAGACCUGAUGAAGGCCUCCUACCCCUGCAUGUCUCUGCACGGAGGCAUUGACCAGUACGACAGAGACAGCGUCAUCAAUGAUUUUAAGAACGGGGCGUGUCGGCUAAUGGUGGCCACCUCUGUGGCAGCCAGGGGUUUGGACAUCAAGCAGUUGAUCCUCGUCGUCAACUACAACUGUCCCAACCACUACGAGGACUAUGUCCACAGGGCUGGACGUACAGGGAGAGCCGGGAACAAAGGCUUUGCCUACACCUUCAUCACAGAUGAGCAGGCACGCUACGCCGGGGACAUCAUCAAGGCCCUGGAGCUCUCAGGGUCCCCUGUGCCCAAGGAGCUGGAGCAGCUGUGGCUGUCCUUCAAAAACCAACGGCAAGCGGAGGGUAAAAGCAUCAAGAGUAGCAGCGGGUUCUCGGGGAAGGGUUUCAAGUUUGACGAGACGGAGCAUGCCCUGGCUAACGAGAGGAAGAAGCUGCAGAAGGCCGCUCUGGGUCUGCAGGACUCUGAUGACGAGGACGGAGCCCUGGAUAUUGACGAGCAGAUCGAGAGCAUGUUCAACUCCAAGAAGAGGGUGAAGGAUCUGUCGGCUCCAGGGGGAGGGCCGCCCAGUGCUGCGGCCGUUGCGGCUGCAGCAGCGGGGGGCCUAGCCAACCUCGGUGCCCCCUCUGCUGGGAACAUCCAGAAACUGGAGAUGGCCAAGAGACUGGCUCUCAGGAUCAACGCCCAGAAGAACUUGGGGGCUGAGGCUCAGGAUGUGAUGCAACAGGCCACCAAUGCCAUCCUGAGAGGAGGCACCAUCAUGGCCCCCUCCGUCUCGGCGAAGACCAUCGCCGAGCAGCUGGCUGAGAAGAUCAACGCCAAGCUCAACUACAUCCCUGUGGAGAAGCUGGAGGAGGAGAGGCAGGCAGCUGAACAGGCCGAGACAGUCAAGAGAUACGAAGAGGAGCUGGAAAUCAAUGAUUUCCCUCAGACUGCGAGGUGGAAGGUCACGUCUAAGGAGGCCCUCCAGAGGAUCGGAGAAUACUCUGAGGCAGCCAUCACCAUCAGAGGAACCUACUUCCCUCCAGGCAAAGAGCCCAAAGAGGGAGAACGCAAGAUCUACCUGGCUAUUGAGAGUGCAAAUGAGCUUGCAGUUACGAAGGCCAAGGCUGAGAUCACUCGGCUCAUCAAGGAGGAGCUUAUCAGAUUACAAAACUCCUACCAACCCACCAGCAAAGGAAGAUACAAGGUCUUGUAGUGACGAUGAGAUUGGGCUCAGACACAGUGACUUCUUCUUUCUCCAACGUUUCAUCAUAUUUGUUUCAGAAUGUAUUAGUAUAUAUUUUUUCACUGUAAGACCAGUGACCUCCAGAAGGGAUUGUUCUCGUGAGAGUACUUUCUCUUUUAGACUAAGUUUCCUCUCUGUACUUCAAGUGGAGAUUUAGUCGUGAUUUUUUUUUUUUUUUUUUGGUUUCAUGGCGCAAAAUGUAUCUGAUAUCCAUUCUAUAAUAUACCAGCUGAAAAUGUAACGGGUUCUCUACCACCAUGAUUCAAACAUUUGCUAAUUUUUGUCCUUAAACAUUAAGCAUAAGUAGUUUUAUUUUUUAUUUUACCUUUAUUUAACUAGGCAAGUCAGUUAAGAACAAAUUCUUAUUUUCAAUGAUGGCCUAGGAACAGUGGGUUAACGGCCUGUUCAGGGGCAGAACGACAGAUUUGUUUAACCUUCCAACCGGUUACUAGUCCAACGCUCUAACCACUAGGCUACCCUGCCGCCCCGUAGUUAUAGAUCCUGUAUUAUUUCUGUGUGUAAAAUAAUAUGUUGCGUCACUGGUCUGUAGUCGUCUGAACAAGUAAGGAAUCACGCGUUGAUUUUUUUUUUUUUUUUAAACAGCCCUUGAAUGUUGUAAUGUGUUUUUACUUCUUUCCCUCUCUAAUAAAACAUUGUGUUGGUAAGGAA